AGUGGGAAGAAUGCUCCUUACACUGGGGGCCAGUAAGAAUAGUGUUCUUUACAUUGGGGGCCAGUGAUAAGAAUGCUCCUUACAUUGGUGAUCAGUGGGAAAAUGCUCUUUACAUUGGUGGUCAGUGGGAAGAAUACUCCUUACAUUGGGGAUCAGUGGAAAGAAUACUCCUUACAUUGGUGGUCAGUGGGAAAAUGCUCUUUACAUUGGUGGUCAAUGGGAAGAAUACUCCUUACAUUGGGGAUCAGUGGAAAGAAUACUCCUUACAUUGGUGGUCAGUGGGAAAAUGCUCUUUACAUUGGUAUUCAGUGGGAAGAAUACUCCUUACAUUGGAGGCAAGUGGGAAGAAUGCUCCUUACAUUGUAGGUCAGUGGGAAGAAUACUGCUUACAUUGGUGUUCAGUGUGAAAAUACUCUUUACAUUGGUGAUCAGUGUGAAGAAUACUCCUUACAUUGGUGGUCAGUGGGAAGAACACUCCUUAUAUUGGUGGUCAGUGGGAAGAAUACACAUUACAUUGGUGAUCAGUGUGAAGAAUUCUCCUUACAUUGGUGGUCAGUGGGAAGAACACUCCUUAUAUUGGUGGUCAAUGGGAAGAAUAUUCCUUACAGUGGUGAUCAGUGGGAACAAUGCUCCUUCCAUUGGUGGUCGGUGGAAAGAAUGCUCCUUCCAUUGGUGGUCGGGGGGAAGAAUGCUCCUUACAUUGGUGGUCGGUUGGAAGAAUGCUCCUUACAUUGGGGGUCAGUGGGAAGAAUGCUCCUUACAUUGGGGGUCGGUGGGAAGAAUAUUCCUUACAUUGGUGGUCGGUGGG